AGGGAGAGGACAGUUCAGUAAAUUGUGGUUGGGGCUCCUAUGUCUCUACUCUCACUCAAUUAAACAUUGGCUGAAUCAUUUUUCGGCUCAAAUCAAAUUGGAAAAACUAUCGCAGACCCUUUAACCUGGACAUAACAGUGGAUGGAUAAUGGAUACUGUUAUAUCAGCAUCUGUUGCAAUAUGCUCCUAUUUUACCAAUGAACACAUGGAAACUGUACAGCAGAAGGAGGUGUACAGUGAUCAUGGCGGCCACUAAGAGAAUGACAACCGGGCCGGACUGCAUCUACUCCACCAUCAACAGGUUAAAGAGAGGCUGUAUUGGUGAGAAAAGUGGUUUCCAUAGUGCUUCAGUGGAAAACAAAGGGGCUAAACACAGGCAAGAGGGGACACCAAAACUUCCCUUCACCCAAUUAGAAAACCUGAGCAACCAGUGGGAGGAAUCACCUAUGAUGGCUCACAGGAGACCAACCCUGGACCCUCAUGGCAAUGACAAUGCUCUUUUGGGGGGUAACAAGCUCCCCAGAUCCAAUGGAGGUAACAUCAAGGACAAGAUCUCUCUAUGGGAGGGAAAGGAGCCCAUUCAUUCGCCUGUCACCUCAGGUUCCUCAGGCCAGUGUGUUAAAAGGACUGAGUCACUGACAAAAAACAACAAUAAAACUGCAGUUGAGCAGCGUGUAGAAGGUGGCAGGAGAGUAGCCUACAAAGAAAACCAAGAUCUUGAGAAAGAGAAUGUGGGAAAACUUGGAGAUUCGACGCCUUGCUCACCAGUUGAAACUGGGAGACAGCAAAGAGGAACACUCAGGACCAGCAAACCAAGUGAAAAUAAAAGAGGGGAGGAUUGUGGGAGAUUAGCCCACAAAGAAAAGCAAGAUCACGAAAAGGAGAAUGUAGAAAAGCUUGGCGAUUCAAGACCUUGUUCACCUGAGGUGACGGACAAGCAACAGGUGGGGACUUUGAGAAGAAGCAAUGACAAGAGAACAUCUGAACAACCUAGUCAGGAGAAGAGAGCUGUGUUCACUCUUUUUAAAAAGCUGGAGGCUAUGGGAGAGAACCACGGGAAAACUCUUCCAGAACUCGGAAACUAUUUCAUCCCGCCAAGCAAGGAAAAACAGGUGGAGGUGAAAAAGAAAGAAUCUGAAUCUACUGGUCAAAUGAGUGCAGGGAAAUGCUCUGCGACCAGAGACAGGAAGCAGCAGCAGGAGAAUGUCUACACAGAGCCAGGGACACCCCCCAUCAACCCAGUCCCCAAACCCCAACGCACUUUCCAGCACCCAACUACCAUCCACAUGGCGAAGAGUCAAAGGCAGAGGAACCUCCCACCACUGCCCUCAAUGUCUACACGAGGUGCCUCAAAACCUCCUCUAGGUGUCUACGGGAGACCGCGGGGUGAGAGAGUCAGAGGCAACAUCAACAGGAAAUCCCUUGAGUUUGAAGACAUCCCAGGGUCAAAUAGCUCGUUCUUCACUCGCUCGCUGUCUCAGGAGCAUCACUAUGAAGACAUACUGGACUCGUCCAAGGAGAACCCAUAUGAGGACAUCGAGUUGGAGAGUCAGUGCUCUCAGCAGUCUUUGCCCUCCUCCCCUGGCGCUGACACUACCAAGAUCUCAAGACCUGGCUUCUUCAGGCAGAAUUCAGGUAGAAGCUUUAAGCUGCUGGACCUGCGGAGAACCAACCAGCAGACCCACAGCAUCAGCAGCAGUGGUGUUUCAUCUCCACCCCAGCUCAGCCCCCCCUCCACCCCACCUGGGCCUGAACAGACACCAUGGGUGACUGGGGAUCCCUUCAGCCGCACAUACCGUAGGAUACCAACGGUUGUACUGAAAAUCAACAGUGUCUUUGAGGCUCGAAUCAGGAAGAAACAUCUCAGAAGAAUCUAUCAUUAUGCAGAGACAAGCUCAGGGAGAGUGACAGAUGAAAACAGUGAUUCUGAGAGUGAGGUGGAGGACAGAGCAAAAGCUCAGCGUCAGCGCCUGGUGUCAGUCAAGUCCAUACUGAGCCGUCCGAGCCAGAAUCAGGUCCAGUACAAUGGUACCAACAGCACAAGCGGGUCUCUGGAACAGGAGCUUCACCAGCGUCAGCUGUUUGAAUAUUUCCUGGUGGUGUCUCUGCAGAAGUCGAAGGCUGGUGGCCACUAUCUGCCAGAGGUCACACAGCAGUUCCCCCCUAAGCUGGAGCGCAGCUUCAAGUUCAUGAGGGAGACGGAGGAUCAACUGAGGAUCAUUCCUCAGUUCUGUUUCCCUGAUGCUAAAGACUGGGAGCCGGUGGAGAACCACCCAAGUGAGAUGUUCUCCUUUGUUUUGACUGGAGAGGACGGGAGCAGGAGGUUCGGAUACUGUCGGCGUUUACUGCCCAAUGGAAAAGGCAAACGUCUGCCAGAAGUCUAUUGUAUUGUCAGUCACCUUGGCUGCUUCAACCUGUUUUCCAAGGUGUUGGAUGAGGUGGAGAGGCGGAGGGCUCUGUCUCCAGCUCUGGUGCAGCCAUUCAUGAGAGCAAUCAUGGAGGCCCAGUUUCCAGCUCCGGGAAGAACCAUCACCGUCAAAACCUUCCUCCCUGGCUCAGGCACUGAGGUGAUGGAGCUCUGUCGUCCCUCUGACUCCCGCCUGGAGCAUGUGGACUUUGAGUGUCUGUUCUCCUGUCUGAGUCUGCGGCUGCUCCUCAGGGUGUUUGGCUCUCUGCUGCUGGAGCGAAGGGUCAUAUUCACUGCUGAUAAUCUCAGUACUCUGUCACAGUGCUGCCAUGCAGUGGUGGCACUACUUUACCCUUUUGUAUGGCAGCACACCUACAUCCCUGUACUACCCUCAGCGAUGCUCGACAUUGUCUGCACACCAACCCCAUUCCUCGUCGGCCUGCUGUCCAGCUCGCUGCCUCAGCUCACUGAGCUGCCCCUGGAGGAGGUUCUGAUUGUGGAUCUUGGAAGCAGUCGAUUUCUUAGACAGUUGGAUGAUGAAGACUCCAUCCUGCCCUCUAAGCUUCAAUCAGCUCUAGAGAACAUUCUGGAGAGGAGAAGAGAAUUUGCCAAUGACAGAGGAGGAGAAACACCCAUGGACUCUGGCCAUCUCGGCACUGUUGUGUCCGAGGCCUUUGUGCGUUUCUUUGUGGAGCUGGUGGGCCACUAUCCACUCUUCAUCACCAGCGAACGGGAGGAUGGUUAUUCCUCCUCGUCAUCCUCCCCUGUCCCCUGCUCCUUCCAGCGCGAGGGUUUUCGCAAAGCAAUCCUGUCUAAGACUGGGCGUCGCUUCCUGGAGGUCUUCAUGGAGACCCAGAUGUUUGGCUGGUUCAUCCAGGAAAGAGAGCUCCACAGGCAGGCCCUUCGAGGGCUGUUUGAAGUGAGGGUGCAAGAGUAUCUAGACUCCAUUCAUGAAAAUGAACACCGGAGGGUUAACAGGUUCCUCAAAGGCUUAGGAAACAAAAUGAAAUUUCUGUCAAAGAAAUAACGCCAUGAGAAUUGCACAACAGGAGAUGUAGAAUCCCAGAAGCACUGAAAUGAGCAAAGACAUUUCAAGCAUUUUUAGAUACUCAUCCAUGUCAAUGAGUUACUAAGUUGUUCCUAUCAAAGGAAGAUGCUGCUGUAUUUCACACAAAAAAACUUGGGACUACAGAUUCCCUCUAGGUCACUGAGUGGUUUGAUGAGCCUGAAAUCAAUGUGCAUCUUACACCUGGUCCAUCACUGUCACCAAAUCUCAACCCAGCAGAACACUUUGGUAGAGUUUGGACUGCCAUGUUGGACAAUGCUCUCCACAACAUCAAAACACCAAAUAGGGGGAAUAUCAAUAGAGAUUUUUCUAUGGAAAAGGUAUAAAGAAGUUGUUUUGUAAAUCUGUAAUUUCACUUGGAAGUUCAUGGUCACAGUAUUUUCUGAAUCCACUAGAGGGCAGUAGUAUAUUUUCUCUCAUGGGAUGAUCUUGGCACUGUCAAUCACUGACCAAAAAGGACAUUUUAUGCAUCAUAAUAGCGACAGCGCCACAAGUGCAUUCACAAGUAAAUAAAUGUUCUCUGUUUUGAA